AUGCAUCUCCUUCUCUUCUUCAGCGCAAUAUGGCUAGUUCAUUGCACUGUUCCUCCGAACCUUACUGGUAGAGAAAUCUCUCCUUUGCUCCUCACCGACCUUACCCUUCUCUCCCAGUACUCUGCUGCCGCAAGCUGCAGGGAAAACUUCAACGCUUCUGCUGCUGGGUCUCCUGUGUACUGCGCCGCCGAGUACUGUCCACUCAUCGAAGCCGCCAACACAGAGAUCCUCUACGCAUUCUCUGGCAUUCUACCCGGUGAUACAACAGGCUAUAUAGCCGCCGACCACACAAACUCGCUCCUCGUCGUCUCCUUCCGCGACACCAUGUCCGACGUAAACCGCAACACUUAUCUCGAAUUCGGGCAACUAGACAUAACCUCCACGUGCCCAGGAUGCCGCGCACAUAAGGGGUUCUGGUAUGCAGCUACGGCUGUAAAUAGGGCGUUGAGAAGGUUUAUAUGGCUUGCGAGGCUUACGCACCCGGGGUAUAGACUUGCCGUGACGGGACAUAGUCUGGGGGGAGCCAUUGCGACGAUCUAUGCCGUCCAUUUGAGGGGGGAUCGGAUUGGGGUCGAUUUGUAUACGUUCGGCGCGCCUUCGGUUGGGAACUAUGCUCUCGCCAAUUUCACCACGGAGGGGGAACAGGACCGAGGGACUAACUACCGUGUGACGCAUCUAGAUGAUGAAAUCCCGAAGGUGCUGUAUCGUGCUUCGAGAGAGCCGGUUCUCAGCUUGUUUAUGCCCGAGUAUAGCCAGUUGGCACCGGAGUACUGGAUUACGUCUACCAAUGGGAAGGAUGUUGCAGUGGGAGAUGUGCAGGUUAUCGAUGGUGUGAAUAGCGAAGAGGGGAACUUGGGCGUAGGAUGGGGUAAUUUGAAGGAUCAUUCGUGGUAUCUGGGGAGUACGAACGUUUGUUGA